UAAUAUCUGAGGAUGAUGAGACUAAGGAACAAGGUGGGAUAACUUUCAUCGAAGGAAUUCUACCGAUUAAAGCAGCAAAAUACAAAAAGUUUUUGAAAUCUCUUCCAAAUAAUAUCCAAGAUCGUGAACCAACUACUGUCAUAGCAAAUUUUGUACGAUUUUGUUUUCCAAAUCAUUGGUUGACUGGUGUGACGGUUGCUGGAAAAGGUAACAAUAAAUCUUUACUAUCGGUUUGGAACAAUACCUUGCCAUUGACUUACCCUGUAUCCGGAAAAUACGAUUAUCAACUUGGAAAGGCAAGAUUUGAUGCUCUGAUGGGUAAGUUUAAAUCCAAAAUCAAUUUAUGUGGUCUUUUCUCUUAUUGGAUCUUUUUUACUUUUUAAUCAUUAGAUCACACUAUGAGAAAAUGUGGCCGUAAAUCUUAUGACCAAUUUACUGUUAGUCAUUUAGGAAAUCAAGUCUGUAAAGCAAUGCAUUACCAAAGAACAAAAAUCAUCGUUCGCCGAAGUCCAAGAUCAUCUGGAGGUGGAAAAGAUACAACAACUGAAGACGAAGAUUUUGAUGAAGAAGAAGACGAAAACGAUGACGCGGAAGAAGAGGAAGAAGAAGAGGAAGAAGAGGAAGAUAAAGAAGAAGAGGAAGAGGAACAAGAAGAGGAACAAGAAGAGGAGGAACAAGAAGACAAGAACGAUGAGGAUGCUCAUGAGCCUAAUAAUGAAGAAAACGAAGUUGAUUUGGGCUGUGAGGUACCCAGUAUGAUUGCUAUUAGAGCAAUUCAAGAGGAUUCAAUGGAUCGAUCAAAUAUAGUAACUCGUUCAGCCAGUCAAAAUAUUGGUUCAAAGAAACAAGAUAUUUCCUGA